CCCGAAUCCCGGGACGCAAUCACACACUAUUUGGACAGACUGUCCUAAAUAAAUUUGGGGCAGACUCAGAAGUGGCAUAAUGCUGAUGAAAUAACUAAGGGAGCUUUACGGAUCCAUUAUAACAUGGUCUGCUGGGAUGGCUUCUAAGCUCAUGGACAGACUGCGACGGACACUGUUCAAAGAAGGAGAAGUAGUCUCUAAGGAGCCAAUUGAUGUAACAGAGGAAAGUUUCCCAGAGAGCUCUGAGUUAGUGGACGAUACAGAGUGUCUCUCAGAGCGGCUUGGGGGAACACUCUGCUUCGAUGGGGAGAGCGCCCUGGAAUCCGAAGACCCAGGUGAGGCCUCAGGACCAGACAGUGACUCAGACUACCUUGGAGAGUCCAUAGAGGAUGGAUUCAGCAGCACAGACACCAGCCCAGUGGGCCCGUCUCCUGGAGGCUCAUCCCUGCUCACACGUCAGCUGCAGGAUAGCUGGAGGAGCUUAAGAUUCCACAGUGUUCCUCAGAAGCUGGUGUUUGAAGUGACUGAUGCCAGUGUGGUGCAAGAGAGCUCCUCCAAGUAUGUGCUCUACACCAUCCAUUUGAUCCAGUCUGGGAUGUUUGACGAAACCCCCGCCGCCAUCACCCGGCGAUACACAGACUUUAAGCGCCUGCACAGCUGCCUUCGCCGCCGUCACAGGGACAACAUGGAGCGCGUUGGUUUCCCCCGCAAGAAGCUGCGUAAAAACUUUGUUGCUGAGACCAUCGCCAAGCGGAGCCGGGCGUUUGAGCAGUACCUGACCCACAUGCACUCGCUGGCUGAGCUGCGGCGCUCACCCACCUUCCUGGAGUUCUUCUACCUGGGUGACCUGCAGGCUGGCCAGAUGCUGAUGCGUGUGGGCCGUUACCAGGAGGCCUUGGGCCCUCUGCUCAAUGGCCUGAGGCUCCAGGAGAAGCUAGGCUGUGAGGAGCAGGGAAAGCAGCAGCCCCAUUACCAGCAGGGCACCCACUGGCUCUUCACCCUGUUGGCCCUGGUGACCUGCUUCCAGGAGCUGGAGCAGCUGGGGGAGGCCCAGGAGCACUGUGACCGAGCCCUGAGGGACCUGGCCCCCUCACCGGAGGCCCUGCAGCAGCACCACUUUCACCCACUGCUCAUUCCUCUUCUCCAGACCAACGUCAGACUGUCAUGGAAGAUCUCUAAGGACAAGCGGCAGUGGGAAGUGCUGCUUCAGGAGAUCCAGGACUCUGGGGCUGAUACAGGGAACCAACCCAGCCUGAAGGAGUACCUGAUAAAGGAGACCCUGGUGGAGAGCGAGGGAGACAAAGGCCAAGCUCAAACGGGAAAAGGCCACUUAACCCAAAGAUAAUGGUGCUCAUAGUUAUGAGGAAAGCAUUUCAUGUAAUCUGGUAAUGAGGGGUUUGGUCUCUUGUCUAUUGACAUGCAUUUCCCACAGCACUCAGUCUGAACUGUUAGACAUUCUAAUGAAUACACUCUACCUACCAAGUCAUGCACAAAUAGCAGAAAACAAUGGCAUGUUAUAAUUGUCUAUAAAGUUCAAAUUAUU